CGUUGUUUCGGGGUCAGAGGCCAGACGGUCGGGCGCUGCGCGGGUCAUGGUGCAGCUUCGGCCGCGCGCGUCCCGCAUCCCGGAGUCGGCGAUGGUGGACGAGGGCCAGCCCGCCUCCGAGGAGGAGGAGGCGGCGGAGCACAGCCUGUUGCUCGGGCAGCCCAGCAGCGGCGCGGCCGCGGAGCCGCUGGAGGAAGAAGACGGGGAAGGGGACGACGAGUUUGACGACGAGGCCCCGGAGGAGCUGACUUUCGCCAGCGCCCAGGCGGAAGCACGAGAAGAGGAGCGGCGGGUUCGGGAGUCGGUGCGCAGGGAUAAAACGCUCCUGAAGGAGAAGAGGAAGCGACGGGAGGAGCUGUUCAUCGAACAAAAGAAAAGAAAACUCCUUCCAGAUAACAUUCUAGAGAAGUUAACUACAGCUGGACAGACUAACAUAAAGAAAUCAUCAGGAAAGCUGAAAGAAGCUACUUUGCAGAAGAAAAAGGAAGAAUAUGAAAAAGGAAGUGUUUCUAAGAAUGCUAAAGAAAAGGUACAAAAAGUACAGUCUGUCGGCCAGAAUAAAAGCUACUUGGCGCUAAGGCUAAAAGAUCAAGAUCUGAGAGAUGCAAGGCAGGAAGCCGCGAAGGCUUUUAUACAGAAUUCUUUGUAUGGUCCAGGAACCAACAGAACUACUGUAAAUAAGUUCCUGUCUCUUGAAAAUAAGAGGUUACCAGUGAAAAAGGCUGCAGCCCAGUUUCUGAAUAAUGCUUGGGGAACCCAGAAAAAACAAAAUGCAAAGAGGUUUAAAAGACGGUGGAUGGUCAGAAAGAUGAAAACUUCUAAGAAGUAAAGCUAAAUGAAGAAUGAGAACUUGUCUGUACUUGUAUGUAUAGUACUUAAGUUAUGUGGUUUACAGGAUUAGUUUUUCUGAAAAUCUAAUCAUUUAUAAAUGGUUUUGUGAAGGGUCAUUGCAAAAAUCCUAGAUCUUUUGGGGGAAGGCCCCCCCCCCCUUCAUCCUUCUGGAGUACAAUGGUGCCUUGUUGUCUUUGUGGACUACAGUAGAAGAAAACGCAAUUUAAAAGGAAUUGUUUUUCUUUUUACGAGCCUUUAUGCAUUUAAUUGAAAGCGCGUCUCCCACCGGGCGGUGCUGGGUGCGCCGUAGGAGUGGCCGGGGGCGUGGGGGGGGGGGCGUGGAGAGGAGAAACAGACACCUAGGGGUUUUCAGCCACAGCUCUCAGAUGCCUUCAUCUUGCAGAUGUUUUGGUGCUUUGGUGAGAGUUUGUUUCAUAGAAUACAGACUAGGAAAGAAGUAACUGAGAGAGUGUAACAUCUAAGUAUAAUAAAGAUUUCUUCUGAAAGAAAACUGAAGCCUCAGUGUACAUACAAAGUUAACAGUCAGCCAAAGGAUAUGGUUAUCUUGGUUAUUUUACAGACAAGCCACGUGCCAUAUUGAGUUUUUACAGAAACCGAUUUCCUGUUCUCUGCAGCACCCCCAGUGUCAGGUUUGACCCUAAUCCAGGGAGGCCGAUACACUGAAGGCAAUCUGAGGUUGGGGAACUCAGAUUUAUAGUAGAAACCAUUCAUUUUAGUUGCUCUAAUUUUAAUUAGAAGUGUGCAGGUACCUGAUAUAUAAACUCAAUUGACAC